CAAAGCAACGCAAAGCCUAGCGUCGAGGCGGAGUCCGUCCUACUCCAUCCAUCGCGUCACACACCGGGCCGGGACUACAGUCCGAAAAGCACAGCGCAACCACACUCUUUGACCUUUGCCCCGUGAUCUCAGUCGCCAUCCUCCAUCCAUUCCACUGUGCUCCGCUCCCCAUUUCCACCCUCGCACCCGCACGCUCUCCCGUCGUCUCUGCUCUCCUCUGCUCGUCGGGGAACCGACCUCGUGUUUUCUUGAUGUCGGGCGGGCCGCGGCUGCCGCGUGCCCUGGCCCUGGCCCUGGCGGUGGCGGUGGCGGUGGGGUCGGAGGCGGCGCUGCAGGUCGGGUUCUACAAUGCGACGUGCCCGAUCGCGGAGGGGGUGGUGUUCGCGGAGAUGCACGGCAUCCUGCACGAGGACCCCACGCUGGCGCCCUCCCUGCUCCGGAUGCACUACCACGACUGCUUCGUCCAGGGCUGCGACGCCUCCAUCAUGCUCAGGUCCAGGCGCGGCACGGCGGAGCGGGACGCCACCCCGAACCGGAGCAUGCGGGGCUACGACGCCAUCGAGAGGAUCAAGGCCAAGCUCGAGACUCUCUGCCCGCUCACCGUCUCCUGCGCCGACAUCAUCGCCAUGGCCGCCAGAGACGCCGUCUACCUGAGCAAGGGGCCGUGGUACGGCGUGGAGACAGGGAGGCGGGACGGCAACGUGACGGUGGCCGAGUAUGCCGAGAACGACCUGGCGCCGCCCGACUCCAACAUCGUGGACGUCAAGACCUUCUUCAGCGUCAAGUCCCUCACCGCCAAGGACAUCGUCGUCCUCUUCGGGAGCCACAGCAUCGGGACCUCCCACUGCGAGGCGUUCCAGAAGCGGCUCUACAACUUCACGGGCGCCAUGGAGCAGGACCCGUCGCUGGACGCCGGGUACGCGAGGCAGCUGCGGAGGCUCUGCCCUCGCCGCGGCCGCCGCGGCAGGACCAAGGUGCCCAUGGACCCCGGCAGCGGCUUCACCUUCGACCUCAGCUACUACCGGCACGUGCUCGCCACGGGGGGGCUCUUCCAGUCCGACGGCAGCCUCCUCCACGACGCCGCCACCAAGGCCUACGUCCAGAGGAUGGCCAACGCGUCGUCGCCGGACGAGUACUACCACGACUUCGCGGCGGCCAUGGUCAAGAUGGGCCGCACCGAGGUGCUCCCCGACCACCUCGGCGAGGUCAGGGCCACCUGUGGAGUUUUUGUUGACUAGCCUUAGCCCUUAGGUUCGGAGCACAUACACACAUACACUGGUUGAUUUGUACGAGGAUUUCUGUUUAUACCUUCUCUUUUUUGGUCUCUAAUAGGAGUAAUAUUAUUGACUCAAGAUGCAAAAAAUAUGCAAGGCAGUUUCACGAGCCUUUUAUUAUCA